CAGCUGGAAGGCGCGCACAGAUCUCCAAACCCUCACGCGUCUCCGUGAUAUAGCGGCCGCAGCCAACAUGGACGCGAGGGCGCCCCGCCACCAGAGGCUCCGCACCCCGCGCGGCCCACCGACGCCCAAUCACCCUCGCAACCCCAGCACGCCCGGCCAAAACCCUAGCCGCUCCCCCGCCGCCGCCCCGCGCUCCGUCGCCACCGCCAUGGAGGACGACGCCAUCACGAUGCUCAUGGACAUCGACGACUCCCCACGCAGCGCCUCCGGCGCCGGCUUCCUCGACGACGACGACGAGGGGGAUCUGCUCCACUCCCACCGCGUCGGCUUUCGCGGCAACGAGGUGCGGGGCCCACUCCCCUUCGCUGGCUUCUUCAACACCUUCGACGGCGCCGACUUCGACGACUCCGACCUCGCCUGAUCGAAUUUGGGGAUCUAAGGAAGUUGAGAGGUUGUUCUCUCGUUAUGGUAGUGGAUGUCCUUUUAGUUAGGUUACCGGUGAAGUGAAUAUCGUUUGAGACAUCUGGAGACGUUUCGGGGUUAAUCCAAUAUCUUACAGCUGCGUUGUUCUUGUAUCUCUAUGUUGUCUGAUUGAUAUCUGUGGCUGCGACUUUCUUGUUCUCGUGCUCUUUAUGUUCUGUUAGUUAUGUAUUUCUGCUUGAUC